ACCAACUUCGUCGACCGAGCACGAUGGGCAGCGAGCAGUCGACGCCCGCGUCGCCGGUCCCGGAAGAGGGCGAUGGCUCGAGCUCUGGCUUCCGCGUGCUUGGCAUCCAGGAGAACUCGCCCUCGUCAACGGUCGGCUUUGUCUCGUUCUUUGACUUUAUCGUGGCGGCGAAUGGCAUUCGAUUGGACACGAAGGACGCGACGUUCAUGGAGAUCAUUGCACAGAGCGAAGACGUGCCCAUGAAGCUCUCGAUAUACAACAUCAAGUCGCAGACGACCCGCGAGCUCGAGAUGACACCGACGCGCCAAUGGCCUGGGAAGGGCAUGCUGGGCGUCACGAUCCGCUUUGACUCGUUUGAAGGCGCCGAAGACAACCUGCUCCACGUGCUUGAGGUGGCCGACAAGUCGCCGGCGCAGCUUGCGACGCUCGAGCCCGAGGCAGACUUCCUCCUUGGCACGCACGAGCGCGUUUUUCGAGAUCCCGAAGACCUCUACGAUGAGAUUUUGGACAGCCUCGACAAGCCUUUGCAGUGCUACGUCUACAGCGCCAGAACAGACCAGGUCCGGCUGGUCACGAUCGUGCCCAACGACCGCUGGGGCGGCGAAGGCUUUGGUUUCCUCGGCGCCGAGGUCGGCCACGGGUAUCUUCACCGUCUACCCGCGAGUGUGCGCCAUUCGAACGGCGAGUCGGUCGGCUUUGUCAACAUUGCGGCGCACACCCAAGCUGCGACCGAUGUCUACGCGCGCGAGCUGCCGGCCGAGCCCGUCGCGCCGGUUGAAGACACGGUCGAGGCGGCCGAGACGCCUAUCGAAGCACCCGCCGUGGUUGCCCCCGUGGUGGUGGCGUCGACACCUGCACUGGCCGAAGUCCUCUCGGUGAGUGCGCCAUCGUCGACGUCGUCGUUGCCGUCGCCGCGGCGGGACGUCGUGGCCAUCGCGCCAGCGCCCAAGUCCAACCCAGUGACAACGUCGCCGUUUCCGCCCAUGGGCUUCCCGGGGUUCCCCAUGUCGACGGUCGAGACGUACAUCAACCCCAUGUCCCGCGACUAAGUACUGUUGACGACGUGUGUAUUGCGCAAGUCUACUCGGCGGCUUCGAGCUGCUUGAGCAUGUCGAGAAUCGACUCGGCUGUCUUUUUGCUCUGGGGCACACCCGUCCCC